AUGCAACGCAUCAUCUCAGACGGCGCCGCCGUAAGUGUCGACGGCAGCAGGCACGAGGACACCAAACGAAAGACAAGCUUUCUAUUACGCCACUUUUUCGCGCAACAGGAUCCAUCUUCAUCUUCGCAGGACCAGCUCCUACAUGACGUGGUCAAUGACUGGGCGAUUGGAGAUCAAGCAACGUCCGACGAGAUCUCGCGCCUCUGGAAAUCCAUCAAUGAGCAUAUUGAGCAGUCAUACCUACUGCGUCGCAAGCUCGUAUCAAAGUCCGAUCCCGACGAGAUAUCGGUGGUGAUCGCUAUGGAUUGUCUGAAGAAGCUCCCCGAUCGACUGCCCGAGUAUCGACGCGUGUUAGAUGUCAUCAUUACUGUGAUAGAGUCCGGACUUUACUUCUUUCGUGAACGCAGGCUCCUCUAUUUUGAAGCUUUUAGAGCUUUACAGAUUCUGGCAAAUUCAGAACAAGCACCUCAACCGUCAACAACAGGUCGCACAUCUCUGCACUACCGGCAAGACAAGAGUAACGACAUGUCAUUGCAACCGCGUAUCGAGGCUCUCUUCAAUCAGCUGGAUAAUGACGACGACAGGAAAGAGCUUUUUGCGCUGUUGCUCCGUGGUAACCGGUUGACGCUGGUAGGCGUGGCAUGCGAAGAGGUUUUGAACCAUUAUUUCGGCACGGAAACCCCUGGAAGUUUAAGCGAGUUUCUCUCGUUUCUGAUGGAAAAGAUCAGUCCAGCAGACACCUUCCGCUUGUUGAAAGAGAUCUCACAGUCACAUCUGGCCGAGCUACAGAAGUUUACCCUUGAUAACAUGGACACUUUACUAGCAGGAUCCCCUAGUGACAACAAUCCCACUCUAUUCCAGCGACUUGUCGAUCGUCACCCUCAAGAAUUCGCUGCCAUCUUAUGGCAAUCACCGUAUCUCACAGCGCACAUCUUCCAGGGCUCUGAAAACCUGGUAGUGCGUGUUUUGGAGCAAAAUUUGUAUCGCAUUUCGCAAGUUCUCACCCAGCGAGGCGAUGUCCUCCUACCACUGCUGAACCAUAUAUUCAAGGAGAACACCACAGCCCUCGAGGAAUUUUUGGUCAACCAUCCUCGCGGACUUGCCGACCUCCUCAUGAAUCGCUCUUCCGCUAUCGCUGCCGUUAUAAAAGCCAAACCAUACAUUCUCUCAGAUUUACUCCAAGCAUGUCACUCGACGUUGACGAAAGUCCUCGCUUCUUCGCCGGAGAUCGUCAGCUCAGCGAUCAAAACGAACCCACAGACUCUGCCUCAAAUUGUCCGGGAGGACUCAAAUGUUCUGGCUGCCGUGUUUGCAACAGUGCCGCAGUGCCUCGGCGAUACGCUGGAGAAGCAUCCGGACUUCUUCGUCGACCUUGCUCAUCGUAAACCUGCGCUAGUAUCCCGAUUAUUCGCAGAGCAUCCAGACCUGUUGCUUGAACCUCUGGAGACAAACCCGGCACUUUUCACGACUUUCCUAGUGUAUCAUCGCAGUAUUUUGCCAGAUUUCAAUGACCCAGACUUCGACCCCACUGUCUUCAAGUUAAAAAGGACGAAAAAGAUCGAGAUCGGUGUACAAACCAGCAAGAAUCUCAACCAAGGGCGACGCAAGCUCAGAGCUCGUGAAAAACUUCGUAGAGAGUGUGAGGAGCUUCUGGAGCCACUCCGAGCGAUAGCAGCGAAAGAAGUCACUGUCACUGCAACGAAUACACAAACCAUUGAAGCAAAAUCCGAAGACGAGCUUCUAAAUGAAGAAGCAUCAUCGACUGCUGAAAUCAUGAAUGAAAUUGCUCGACUGUACUUAGCCAAGAUUGCAGCGGAUGAGCACGACGACGCGAUGAACCGCAAGCGACAAUCCUUCGCCGACUCUGUGAUGGAGCUGUACACUCUCGAGCUGGGGUUCAAGCCCCUGGCGAAGAGAAAACUCGUGAAUUUGUUGAUUAUUGCCAAACGGAUUGGCAACGUGCCGGAAGCGAUGCGCAUCAAGUGGUUCGGGAGAUUCUUAAACGCUAUCCCAGGCGAGCGACCGCUGCCUCAAACCGCGUUAGAUUUCUUCCUUCUUGCUCUCCAGCAUCUCAUCCCAGGAGGACAACUUUCGCUGCAGUUGGAAGCUGCGUCCUUGAAUUCGUGCACUGUGUCCCAGUCUACACUGAAGACACUGGUGGACGAUCCCUUGGUUAGUCGGUUGUUUGAUAGCAAGGAGCAGUGUGAGCGCAUGCUUUCUUUCCAGAGUAUUUCGACGCCUUCGCGUCGGGACAUUAUGGGUCCAGCGACACGCUCUUCGAUCACGAUGUUGUCGGCGCUUCCUCUCGACGACGUGUUGGACUCGAUCAUGAAAGUCUGGAUGCAAUAUCAACUAAGGUGA